CCAACAAAUGCCAUGCUGACUCUGAGAUGUUCUGAAAAAAACCUAUUGGCUUUGUUUCUUUUGGUCUCACCGCUUUCGAGCAUACAGGUGCUGUUUGUAUGCUCAUAUCGAUCAACUUGCCACCUGAGCCUGUUGUUCUCGUCUUCUUCCCCUCCUCUGUUGUAAGCCUUUUGAUCUCUACCUUUCACUGUAGCCUUUAGGCUUCACCUCACCGUCUCUGGCGUGCAGAACCAAGAUAUACACUCACAGACACAGUCUGAGCAAGUAAGUGAGCCCAGCAAGCAAGCAAGUAUGAAACCGUGCUGCGCUCAUCGAUCGUCCUUCAUACCUCAGACUGUCCAGAAGUGAUUUCGUUACGCAAAAUCAGUUUCGAUCCUUACAAAUCAUCACGACUGCACGUUACGAUCGCGCGACAAGACGACAUUUACGAUGUGUUUGUUCCCCUUUUUGUUCGGGCGUGGCCCUGGAUACACUCCCUCUCCAACCUCCUCCUAUUUCUCCACCACUGGCUCAGACGGCUAUAUCUCCGACGCCGACACCAUGUCUUCGAGUUAUUCCUCGUCCGAAGAGGAGGGCGCGCAGACCCUCAUCCACACGCAGCCUGUGCGCCGCGGCCAGCGGAUGCGUCUGUGGCCUCCCAUCACCGACAUGGAGGACGAGGCCGAGGACCAGACCGGCAGUGGGAGCGCCGGGCCCGAGGCCUCUGAGGCCCAGACGUCGAGCGACUCUGAGGAUGGGGACGCGACCAUGUCCAUGGCCGAGACUAUGUCUCUGGAUGAGUCCGUGUCUAUGCACGAGAGCUCCGAUCGCGUCCGCAGUGGGAUGCACAGCAACAGUUCAAGCGACACUGAGGCGUGCAAGCGUGGUCACAACAGCCACAUCCUCCCUAACACCCCCUUCCGCCACACCACAACCUACAUCCGCCUAGGCCGCCCCGAAGUCGUCCCCGGCGCCACCACCUCAGCAACCCCGUACCCAGCUCCCGCUUCCGCCCGUGCCCGCGCCUCGGGGCCCUCCUCCUCGACCACCACCCCCCGCCCCCGCCGCAAGAAGACCGUCGUUGCCGCCUCAAAGACGCCCCGCAACACCAUCGUGCGCCGCCGACCCUACGACUCGAGCUCGGACUCCGACCUCGACCACCCGGUGAUCCGCAGCUUCUUUAGCGCGUACGCCUCCGUCCCACGCCGCGGCGACAGUAACCGCCUGCCCCAGCGUCCCAUGGCCCGCCGCGCCGCCUACCUCGAUAUCGCGGCCGUGCACCCCCACCUGUUCGCCGUCGAGCCGCUCCGCGACGACCCGGAUCGCGCGUACGAUGCCGAUCAGUCGGACAAUUCGUCGGAUCGGGAGGAGUUCAGCGAUUGGUCGGAUCUGGAGGAUACCGGGAAUACUGAUACUACCGGGGAUACGAGUGGUAGUGGUGGUGGUGGCGGUGGCGGUGGUGGUCCUACUAAGCAGGAGAAGAAGUGAGAUUUGGGUAAGGGGAGUUGGUCCUGGUCCUUUGGGAAGGGCGAGCUUUGUCUGCUUACCUGGUGUGUUUGUGCACUGCCGUUGCAUAUCUGUUCAUGGUUUGGACUCGGCCUGUCUAACUUAUCUGGUGCUUCUCUCUUCGACUUCUGCUUGGCUUUUGCUCGGCUUAGGUGGCCAUCUGGGUCUGACAUGACUUUUCUUUUCGGAACGGGGACCUUGUUCAUCUGGGUCUGGGUCAAUUUACCUACAGUACAGUACACUUUCAAGGAUCGAUUGUCCGGUUGGCAGCGGGUUCAGAUCUAGAUGUGAUAUUUGUUGCGUUUAGCUAGCGGAUUUGUGGUUUUCUUUGGCCCUGGACAUAACAGAACAAAAAUGGUCUGGUGAUGAUUACUAGUACAUAUGGACAUCAACAUGCUGAAUUGAAGAUACUUGUUCUUC